AGAAAGAGAGAACGUGAAGUCAAACUGCAAAUCACAAUCUGAGCGGGCUGCCGAAGGGCGUAGCUCCGAGCCGAGGCAGCCUGGCGACACCUCCCUCCGAGACAGCGCUAGAACGUGGCCCCUGAAGCGCUAUGGCCGCUUCCUACCCCCGAGGGACUGCGACGAUGAAGAGCAAAACGCCUCCUCUUGGAAGGUUUUUGAAUCAAAUGAAGAAUCAGGCCAUCUUAUCCUUACCAUUGUUGUAUCUGGCCACUUCUUUAUUUCCCAAGGGCGAACAGUACUGGAAGGUUUUUCAUUAAUCGAUUCCCACAAGUGGUUAAGGAUAGCAAGAAGAGCAGACUGCCUGCUGUUUUGUGCUCAGUCCAAGCAGACAGAAUGCCGCAUGUUUCGUGUUCAGUUUGGUGGAGUUUCCAAGGAGCAGAUGCUGGAGCACUGCUGCAGCUGCAUUCAGGAACUCGCUGAGUACGCCCCAGUCCAAGUAACUGGUGAGCAAAGCCAGCAGCUCCAUCACCGCCUCAAUCAGCCGACGGACGGCGACAGUCACGUGAAGGACACUGAGCAAAAUGCAUCACUGCUACACGGACCAGAUGAGCCUCUACCAGCUUCCUGCCUCGAAGAAAGAAGAUCUGUAACACAGCUAGCACAGUCGGUGCUGAAAAAGCAGCCUGAGCUCCCCCUUGUGCACCAGCACCCGGUGUGGCGUGCGCGAGAGCUGGGGCCCUUCAUUCGGUUGUGCCUCAUGGAUCAGAAUUUCCCAGCGUUUGUGGAAGAUGUGGAGAGGGAACUGAGAAAACUCACAGAAGGUUAA